AAAUUAGAUUUAGUGCACAUCAAUCAGCCUUCUUACCAACAACAAUCGACUCAAUAGACAUUCACUUCUGGCUCUGACUGACUGUAGUGUGGGGCCUAUCAAAUUCCUGCAUUCAUUCACAGAAACUGUUUUACAGUAGGCCCUAGGGUUGGAUCUUCUUUUCAUCUUCCCUCUCCCUGUGAAGUUUCUUAUGCUGGGAUUCUUCUUUAAGCAUUGUGUGUUUCUUCAAAUUUCAAGCCACCUUCACAAAGCAAAUUAUUAUGAGAAUUCCACACAUGGAUGACAAAAAGUCGUCCUCUAGUCAGCAAAAGAACACUCUAGCUGAGCUUCUCCCUGGGCCUUCCCCUCCCCCUGUGUCAACGAGUGCUUCCAAUAUUGUUGCCCAGAACCCCUUUGACGAUGUCCUCCCCUCCAGCAACAGCAUGCAGCCCAAGCCCCAGCAGCAGCUUCCUCCUCCUCACUCACAGCCUCAGCCAGGAUCUCUUCCACCUGGACCUGGCCCGGGACCCUCUCCUCACGGCAAGAUCUAUCCACCUAACCAGCCAAUGGUGUUCAACCCAUCCAAUCCAAGCGCCCCUCCUAUUUACCCGUGUGGCGUUUGCCACAAAGAAGUUCAUGAGAACGACCAGGCUGUUCUGUGUGAGAGUGGAUGCAACUUUUGGUUCCACAGAAUGUGCGCAGGAUUGUCUCAUGACGCCUUCUCUAUGCUCAAGGCUGAAGUCUAUGCUGAGUGGGUGUGUGACCGGUGCCUGAACACUAAAGAAAUACCUCUAGUGAAAUUGAAGCCAUAAUGGAGAAUGUAUGCAAAGAGAAAAUCUCACUAUGCAAUCAAAGACAUGUCUAAUUCUGUGACCUUGUGCAUAAACCUGAUAUCUCAAGUGUCAAUCUUUGACAUAGCCACUUAAUAAAAACUUUUUGAUUUGAUGUUAUCCUUCAGGAAACAAUGGAAGCUUUCGCCUCAAAUUUGUUUUGUGGUGAAAGAUGUUGACAUCAAUUUCUUUCUGUUUGAAGGCAUUCUAAGUUUUAUCUUGUAUGGAUUAUCAGGUUUAAACAUUUGGUCACAGAAGUUGCAUAAAAUAAGGGACUUAUCUCUUUUAGUUCUUUUGAAAGACCAGUAUAAUAUGAAAAUAUGAGUGUUAUAAAUAUAUAUGUGAUACGAUUUGAAAGUCACAAAAACAUAAAAAAGGAAGGCACAUCUUUUAA